UUCAUAUAGCAAACACGCCUUGGUUUAGGCCCAAGAAAGAACGAGAUCUGACCUUUUCUCUGUAUCUUUUUUGCUUGCUCUCUUUCACCAUCAUCCUUUCUCUAUAGGGCUCUCUCUUCUCCUGCUGUUCUCUUCAUUAGCUUCUCCUUUUCAGCUGAAAUCAUGGGUGUUGAAGUUGCGGAAACUGUUGUGCCCCAAGCUACCAUCAACGGUUCAAGCGAUGACAUCGGCUCCUUUUUGCAAAAGGCAGGAAAUGGUAAAGAGAUACAUGGAUGGCAAACUGUUGAGCCAAUAAUGUUUGGAUCACAUGGUGCUGCGGAGGAGACUGUUGUUAAUGGAGAUUCAAAGGACACUAGUUUACCGAAGGAUGCUGUAAAUGAUUGGCAUGUGCCAAAACAGUUCCAUUCGUUCUUUUUCGUCAAGUACAGGUUUUUUGAGGACCCAAAAUUGAAAGCGAAAGUGGAAGAAGGUGAGAGGAAGUAUCAGAAGCUAAAUCAAGAUCGAUUUAGCAUCCUCGAUAAACUAAGGGCUAAAAGGGGGGAGAAAACAGCUUUGAAUGCUCAAAUAGAGCCUCUGAGUGUGGAGAACAAUAAGUACAGGAAAAUGUUCGACGAUAAGAGAAAGGAGAUGGAGCCUCUGCAGGAGGCUCUAGGAAAGUUGCGUGGAUCUGGAAUGGCUGGUGGAGAUAGAAACGGAGGAAGUAUAUAUUCGUCUGAGGAAGAGCUAAAUGCAGCUAUCAAAAGCUUGGAUUAUCGUAUUUCACACGGUUCUAUGCCCCUCACUGAAGAGAAACUGAUCUUAAGGGAAAUGAAGCAACUUGAAGCAACUAGGGACAAAGUCAUUGCCAAUUCUGCCAUAAGAGCAAAGCUUCAGGAAUCACUUGGUGAAAAAACUGUCAUUCAGGAUCAGGUUAAACACAUGGGAGGAGACUUGGAUGCAGUUAAAAGGGAGAAGAAGGCAAUUGGAACCAAGAUAAGCAAACUUAUUGAGGAAAGGAAUAGUAUAAAUGGUGAGAUUAAGUUAUUGGAAGCGGAUCUUGAGGCUGCAACAAAAAAGCGAGAUGAAGAGCUCGAAAAGCUUCAAAAACUCAGGAAAGAGAAAGAUUUUGGGAACGGCUCCUUUAAUGCGAACCGUGCUUUGCUCAACGAUGCUAGAAAUCUUGCUGGUAAACAGGACAUCGAAAAGGUCAAAGAGCUUUCUGAGACGCAGGUUAAGAGUUUCAUAUCGAGCUGGAGCAGUAAGAAAGAGUUUAGGGAAGACUACGAGAGAAGGAUUUUGGCAUCAUUGGAUGCUCGACAACUGAGUAGGGAUGGUAGGUUGAGGAAUCCAGGUGAAAAGCCCUUGAUAGAGGCAUCUGCUCCUCCUCCCCAAGUGGAGACUGCUAAAAAGGCUAUUGUUAGACCACCUAAAGAAGAAGUUGUUAUUCUCGCAAAAACUGAAGCUGCCCAGCCAAUUGUGAAUGUCCAGAAAGAAGAAGUUAAGAAUAAGAGUAAGCCCCAGAAAGAAGAUAAGAGUAAACAAACCAAUCUGGACGUUGUCUUGGAGCCUGCUGUUGAAACUGUUGUGGUGAAAGAGAAGGAAAUUCCGAAAGAGACCAAAAUUGAUGAGGCCAAGUUGAAGGAAAUUAAAAGAGAGGAAGAGAUUGCUAAAUCCAAGCAAGCAUUGGAGAGGAAGAAGAAGCUGGCUGAGAAAGCUGCUACUAAGGCCGCCAUUAAAGCUCAGAAGGAUGAAGAAAAGAAGCUCAAGGAACGUGAAAAGAAAGCAAGAAAGAAGGCUGCUGCUUCUGCACCAGCAGAUGAAUCCGACGAACAGCCAGCUGAAGCAGAAAUUGCUGAACCAGAAAAGGCCGAGGAAAUAUCUGAAGCUCCAGUUUCAUUGAAGAACAAGGAUGUGAAGGAUAAAACUGUCAGACUCAGAACUCGACGGUCAACAAAAGGCACGGAUUCACUCCCGAGGGCCAUUCUCAAGAGGAAACAAUCGACAAACUACUGGGUUUGGGCUCUCCCUGCUGGUAUGGCUGUCCUGCUGCUGGUUGCAGCGAUCGCAUACAAGUAUCUCCUUUAAAGGUAACCGGGAUUUCUAAGUGAUCGCCAUGUGGGUGAUUAGAAACUGUAUCAGUAAGACUAAAUAUAUAAUAAUUUGCAUAAUUAUGUUUCCUUUCCUAGAACCAGGCAGUUUGAGAUUCUUGCAGGUGAUCAGUCUUUUCUUUAGACUCUUUUUUUUGGGUGUUUUUGUUAAGACUUGAAAUUUUGAUAUGUUGGAUCCAAACUCUUUUUUACUUCUAAUUUCUACAGGAAUUCAUACUUUCUUGCA